CAGGAAAGUUGGUUUAAAAAAAAAAAAGGAAAUAGCCUUAAACACAGAAGGCCGGAACAGUUCAGUAUUUAAAAAGAAAAUGUUCAUGGAUUUCCGUAAUUUACUUAGCUAUUAUUGACCCUAAAACAUCAGUUACUUUUUAAACGAUUUCUUUCACUUAGGGCCUAAUUACUGUGGUUCACUCUCACCAUGAAGCUGUGUUGGUUCUAUACAGCUAUUCUCACAUUGCUGAUUGGGGCCCCUGGGAGGUGCACAACUAUCUGGAAUGACAUCCUGUUGUGCGUGAACAGUCUUGACAAUCACACUACUCCGAGUGAGGUCAACACCACUGCCAACAAUGGUACAUCAGAAAUGGAUCAGAUAGAUAAACAGUUUUCAAUGAUGAAACUAUUCUCCAUCAUUUGCGGCAACAGGAAUGCAUUCGUCCGGUGCCUGGACACAAGUUUGAAGCAGAGCAGCGACAGUAUGGCUCAGAUCAUUGGCUCCUUCUUUGACCCCAAGAUGGUCACAAAGGCUUAUGAUAGCCUUUGCGCUAAUAUAUCAGCUAUAGAGCAGGCAGGCAGUGAUGUCCUCAGUUGUCUAUCAAAGGUGAAAAUGACCCACUGCCAGAGUGAACUUGCUGAUUAUUUCUUCUACAUGGGUGUUGUCAAAAAAUUUGCACCUCCUUCAGAACAACUAUCAAAGUCUACCAUGGAAACAUUAUUAUGCAGUGUGAUAUUCCAACGGCGUCAGUGUGAAGUCCUAGCUCUACGUCAAUGUAGUGCUAAUUUGGCUAAUGUUAUGGAACAGUUCUACAGACAAACCCAGCCAGGGGCUUGCGCCAACUUUAAUAAAGAAAUAUCCGAUGAGAACAAUGUCCAGUGACAUUUGGCAAGAAUACACAGACAAAAAUUGCUGCACUUUUUUCUUAAGGGCUUCAUUGACAAUUCAACAAUAUUAGGAACAUCAGAUCUAAAUCUCACUAGACAGGCAGAAACGCCUAUCAAUAUGUAUCAUUCCUUUUUUUUAAUGCAAUAAAAAAAAAACACGAACAUAAGUUAUUUUAAAAAAAAUUUAAGAUCUAUCAGACACUGUUCCCACACAAUUUCUGAAGCUGUCCCAGAUCGACAUCUAAACAGGUUAUUCCUGGUUUAUUCACUCGAACUUUAAACACUCGACCAGAUGCACAAACACAUAAUUUGUAGGUCAGGUUUUUGUAGUCUGCAGCAUUAGAAGUGUUCACUUUUGGUAGUUCUUUGCCAAGGAACAUUCCAUGAGAUGUUUUGAUGGUAGUAGAAGACUAGGGGAAAAAAAAUACAUUUUUAUUUUAUUAAAAAAAUUUCUGCUUUGCAUUUUCUUAAAAUCUAAUUAAAUAUUUAAAAAAAAACUCUAUAACAGUCCCACUGAGGACAUUAUAAAAACAUAUUUUGUAUCAUUGCUUAAACAAUAUUUGAUAUGAUUAAGUUAAGAAAUUAAGAGACAGUUUUCUAGAUUGAAUGAUUUCAGCUAUUCUUUAAUUUGUUGAAAGCAAAUCUAAACUUGUUAAUUAACAAACAAUUUAAUUUUGAAAAUUUGGGAGGUUUAAGUUAAUCAUCAUAAUUAUCAAAAAAAUGAUAAUACGUUUUGUUUAAAGGCAUGUUGGUAAAUUAUGAGAAGAGGAAAUAAGAAAAAUGAGAACCCAAAUUAACACUUUAAUACAUUGAUUUUUAGUUAUUAGAAUCACCAGUUUCCUAGUCAUGUGAAACAUUGCAGUCAGUCUUAAUCUUUGGAAUUAAAGACAUUGCCAUUAUCA